AUGGCACAAGACGAGGCGGCGGCGGCCGAACCCGUCGUGUCGUUGCCUGUCUAUGUAUCGGCAUCGGUGCCGCCUAGCUCGCGCCUGGAACUUUUUCAAUACCCAUUGUACGCGCGCGGUCGUCCGCUUCCUGUGCCUGCGACGGCCGCGCAGCGUGGUCAGCGUGUGACGAGUCGGUGGCGGCCGCAUGCCAACCGCGUCGAGAUGGAGAUUCCAUUGGAUAUGCGCGAGACUGUGUACAACCAUGAUCGCGGCAUGGAGUGGGCUGAGAACUCUGCGAGUAUGGGUGUAAUUCCGACGCCUGGCGAGUCGACCGUGAAGCAGGAAGACCGUGCCAUGGAUGCGCCGUCGCGGUUUGACCGUAUGCGCCUCGAAAGUCAUGCUGUGCCGAACGCCACGCAUUAUAUGGUAGGCACAGUGCGGGAUGGUGAGCUGCAUCUUGUGCCGCUUGAUGCGGUACUGCAGCUGCGUCCGUCGAUGCAACAUGUGGACUUGAUGAGUCAGGCCGAGGACCAGAACCGACGCAUGCCGACGUCAGACGAUGAGGGCGAUGCCCAGGACGCACGCCGCGCUCAUGUGGUUCCGCUGAAUGUAUCUAUGCGCACGGAAGCCCAAGCGCGCACGGCGCUGACACCGCGCUUUGGUGCACAGGCCUCGUCUGGGCUAGCGACACAGCGAGAUGCCGAGGCGGAGCGGUGGGUCGACUUGCGCUUCAGCGAGGCGCAAGGAGCAGAUCAGCUGCUGGCUCAGCAGCGCGAGCCGCUCGCGUGUACGACGCACAUUCGCGACCUCUUCUAG